AUGGCAUCGGGAGACAGUUCCUCAAGCACCCCUACAUUGGAUGAUGUCGACGAUUGUGUUACGGUAAGAGCAGUCGAUCGGCGUAACAUUUAUGGAAGCACAGGUGAUACCGAGCAAAGUGUGAGUAGCCCCGAAAAUGUUGAGAAUGAUAAUCAACUAGAGAGGAAGAAUAUAGCGAAGACAUCAUUUGUGUGGUCAGAAUUUACAGAGGUGGUUCUCCCUGGUGGUAUAAGGAAGGGAGAGUGUAUUCAUUGUAAAACAAAGUUGAAAAUCACUGCCAGUGGAAGCACAACACAAUUCAACAGACAUUUGAAAAGGUGUGCGAAGAGAACAGCUCACUUAAGGCAACAACAAAUAAAUUUCCCCCCUUCCAAUUCUCAAGGUGGCUCUAAUGUCUUGCCUACUCUACGGGGCCAAUUCAGUAUGCUGAAGAUGAGGGAGUUUAUUGCACAUUGGGUGCUGAUGCAUGAGCAUCCAUUUUCUAUUAUGGAGGAAGAGGGGUUGAACAACAUGAUGAAGUACGGGAUUCCUGAAUGGACUCCGAUAUCCAGUAAUACUUGCAACCAGAGGAUGGAAUACAUGGUUUUGACUGGGCAUUGGAUUGAUGAUCAUUGGAAGUUUAAUAGACGGGUGUUAAACUUUAUUCAUUUCCCUUCUCCCCGUUCUAGUGUUGCCAUUGCUGAUGCAAUUUUCAAGUGUUUAAUGGACUGGGGAAUUGAAGCUAAGGUCCAUACGAUAUCGGUGGAUAAUGCUUCAAGCAAUGAUGUUGCAGUAAAAGUGUUGAAAGAUAAUUUCCAAGUUAUAGGGAAGCUCAUAUGUGGUGGCAAGAUGUUUCAUGUGAGGUGUUGUGCACAUAUCUUGAACCUGGUUGUUCAAGAUGGUCUUUAUCAUAUUAUACAUAUUAUUGAGGACAUCUGUUAUACUGUGUCGUAUAUCAAUUCAUCGGAGAGUAGACUAAAGGUGUUUGCAGAGAUUGUUCAACAGCGCCGAUUGCCAUUUCGCAAACUUAUUCUUGAUUGCAAAACGCGAUGGAAUUCAACAUAUGAUAUGUUGACAACAGCAAUGCAAUUUAGGCGUGUUUUCCCUUGUUUGAAGGAGAGGGAUUUGAGUUUUCAUUAUUGUCCCAAGGAGGAAGAUUGGGAUAAAGUUUAG